AUGGCUUUCCUGACCUCUACAGUCCUGGUGCUUGCGCUCUUUUGUUCCGCGUCGGCCCUCUCGGACCCGUUCCUCUCGUACUCGGCUGCGUUGGGCGGUCUCGCCGGCCCGCUUCACGGUCUUGCGAACCAGGAGGUCCUCAGGAUCAUCCUCGGCAUGCAGAAGGAGCUCGGUGACUCGCCCUCUGACGAGCAGAUUGUCCAGUACAUCUGGAAGACGCUCAACAGCGGCCAGGUCAUCCCCGGAUACGGCCACGCCGUCCUCCGCAAGCCCGACCCCCGCUUCGCCGCCCUCCGCGAGUUCGGCAACAAGCACCCCGAGACGGCCAACGACCCCGUCUUCCGCAUGGUCGACUCGCUCUUCAAGGUCGCCCUGGGCGUCCUCAUCGAGCACGGCAAGACCAAGAACCCGUUCCCGAACGUCGACGCCGCGUCGGGCUCGUUGCUCUACCACUACGGUCUCCGCAACUUUGACUUCUACACCGUCACCUUCGGCACGUCGCGUGCUAUCGGUGCGCUCUCGCAGUUAGUCUGGGAUCGCGCGUUGGGACUCCCUAUCGAGCGCCCCAAGUCGCUCUCGAUGGAGGCCAUCCUCAAGCUCGUCAAGUAA